AUGACUUCUCCGGGCAAGACAAACUCAAGCGCUUCAUCGAACAAGUUGCUCCGUGCCUACCAAUUGGGAGACUCCCUUGGCAAGGGCGCGUUCGGCCAGGUCUACCGGGCCCUGAAUUGGGCUACCGGAGAGACCGUAGCGGUUAAGGAGAUUCAACUGAGCAACAUCCCGAAGAGCGAGAUCGGGCAGAUCAUGUCGGAAAUCGACUUGCUCAAGAACCUGAAUCAUCCGAACAUCGUCAAGUACAAGGGCUUUGAGAAGACGCCAGAGUAUCUGUACAUCAUAUUGGAAUUCUGCGAGAAUGGCUCGCUGCAUAACAUCUGCAAACGAUUCGGCAAGUUCCCCGAGACCCUUGUCGGCGUGUACAUAUCGCAAGUGCUCGAAGGUCUCGUGUACCUCCACGACCAGGGUGUGAUCCACCGCGACAUCAAGGGUGCAAACAUCCUGACGAACAAGGACGGAUGUGUCAAGCUGGCCGACUUCGGAGUGGCGAGCCGGACAGCGGCGGGCGCUGUGCGGGACGAUGCUGUAGUAGGGAGUCCAUAUUGGAUGGCGCCGGAGGUGAUUGAACAAUCGGGUGCAACGACCUCAUCCGACAUAUGGAGUGUUGGUUGUACCGUCAUCGAGUUGCUCGAAGGCAAGCCGCCAUAUCACUUCCUCGACCCGAUGCCCGCGCUCUUCCGCAUCGUGCAAGACGACUGCCCACCAAUACCGGAAGGCGCCUCACCGGUCGUCAAGGACUUCCUGUACCAUUGUUUCCAGAAGGACUGCAACCUGCGUAUCUCCGCAAAGAAGCUGCUCCGACACCCGUGGAUGGUCGCCGCGCGCAAGCAGAUGGCGGGCCACCAGAAGAGCCAGGCCAGCGAAGCGCGGAAUGGCGCGGCGUCCCAAGCGCGCCCGCCGAGCAAUUACAACUACGACGAGGCGGUCCUGAAGGUGCAGGAGUGGAACGAAGCGCUCAAGUGUAAGCCCAUUUUCUCCGUCACGACCAGCAAGACAUCCGGAGCGCCGACGGGUGGAUGCCCCUCCGUCGCCCACCCUUCCGCCGCCGGUGCCGAUGAAUGCGAGCAAGGGCCCCUCGUCGGUGCCGGUUUUGGGCCACAUCCGCGAGACGCUCCCGAUGCCGUUCAUACUGCAGCCCCCGAGGAGCAGACGGACAACUGGGACGACGACUUCGAGGAGGGCAUCUCGCUGACGAAGAUACAAGCAUUGGAGAAGACAUCAGUCGAGGAAGAGAAGGAGAAGGUCGAGGUGGAGGAUAAUGCGCAGACGAUAAGGCCGACGCGCAGCCCCGCAGGCCCGACGACGGUGCCUCUCCCCAUGGUCACUUUACCUGAUGCAGACACGGAGUUGGGCUUCGACGAUGACUACUCGGACAUCCUCGACGAUGAUGACAAGCUACAAGAGAAGGUUGCUGACUUCAAGAUGAAGAACUCAUUCCGACGUGGCCUCUUCCACCCGAACGACAUCAAGACGUAUGGCCUCGGCAGCACUUCUCCUGGGCCCAUGACAGCACCUCUCCCGGACCUUAGCCACAAGCGGUCACGUCCUGGCCUCAGUCCAGUCGUCGCUACGCCGCCACUUGCCGGAUCCUCGAGCGCUCGGAAUGCACAUUCACGCUCGUCGUCAUUCAUAGGACCAAGUGGAAGCGGCUCGUUCGGGCGUGCGGAGUCGAGGCGUUACCCGAGUCAGCCCGAGUUCGGAAAGUACGCUGAGGAUGACGACGAAGAUUAUGAUGAUGUCUUCGGAAAGGCGAACGGGACCGCGUCACAUCCGAUCGGAACAUUGCAGCUGAAUACUCGUCUCUCAAACAAGUCUUGGGUAACUGGGAGACGAGACGACGAAGAAGAUCCAUUCGCCGAGGUGAGAUUGGGAAUUCUCAUCGACGAACUCACGCCUUCUGCUCCGGACUUCCAAUUGCGCGAAGCGUGCGAUCAGCUUUAUAUGGCAGACGCCCCAGAAAUGCAACCUCAGCUUGGCCGAUCAUCACGAGAUGUCACUAUGAAGCUACUGCAGAUCGUCAACGCGCUUGUGAACACGGAUAUGGGUUUCCUGGAGAGUUUUUGUCUCAUUGGAGGCAUUCCUGUCAUCAUGGGCUUCACGUCCAAGAAGUACCCUCCAGAAUGUCGAACAGAGGCGUCCAACUUCAUCCGUCUCCUCUGCCACUCCUCCUGUCGAGGGCUGAAGGUGCUCGUCGACCUUCUGGAAGAAGACUUCUCAGAACAAACCGAUUUGGUCAAUCACGCGCUCAAUGGAAUCUGCAGCGUCUUCGACCUCCAGAGCCCCACCACGAAGAAUGACUUCUGUCGAAUGUUCAUUCGCGAGGGUCUGCUGGAUCCCCUUUCGUCAGCUCUCCUCAAUGUGAUGUCAACAGAGGGCGACGUUGCGGCAGACAUGAACAAGAAGAUCAUUCAGAUCCUGCUUGUGUUCUGCCAAGUGUCCCAAUCGGACAUCCAUGUGCGGAAUGCACUUGGGACUCGUAAAGUAGUGCGAAGGCUAUUGCGAGCGUGCGAACUGCUACAGCCGGAAUACCUCGUCCAGAUGCUCAAAGCUGUCAAGCAUCUGUCCAUGAACGCGAACCUGCUCGAGGUGUUACAGAAUGCUAAUGCGAUGGAGAUCCUGGUGAAGAUCCUUGAUGAACGAAGUUCUGGUCCUUACGGCACGGAAAUGUCCAAUCAUAUCUUCCAGACCUGCUACAACUUAUGCCGUCUGAACAAGGGUCGACAAGAGGAAGCUGCACAGGCUGGCAUCAUCCCGGGCCUCAAACGAGUCUUCGAGUCUGGAUCACCGUUGAAGCAGUUCGCCCUGCCGAUUCUCUGUGACCUCGCGAGUGCCGGGAAGACCUGCAGAACACUUCUGUGGCAGCACGACGGCCUCGGCUUGUAUCUACGAUUGUUGGAAGAUCCGUACUUCCAAGUCAGCGCUCUGGAGUCGAUCCUGUCAUGGUUACAAGAUGAGACAGCCAGGAUCGAGGACCAGCUCACGAAACCUGAGUCGCUUGAUGCCCUUCUCCGCUGCUUCGUCAACGCCAAGUCGAACUCGUUCGAGAACCUCCUCGAUCCAUUCUUGAAGAUGUGCCGCCUAUCUACCACAAUCACGAUCGGACUGGCGAAGUCGCAGUUCUUCAAGCGUAUCAUCGACAAGCUCAACCACAGCAAGGCAGUCGUGCGACUCAAUCUCUUGCGUAUCCUCCGAACGGUAUGCGAGGCCCAUCCUAAUCGCGCGAUGCUUGUCGAGCGCUACGGCAUAUACGACAUCGUCGUCAAGCUCAGCAAGGAGGACGGUGCGGUGCUCGUGCGCGAGCUCGCCAGGGAGAUCGUGCCGUCGCUCGCACCCGCGUUGAAGCCGCUCUCGGGGAGAUCAGGGAGACAUGGCGAUACGCCCAAGGGUAGCAAAAGCGCUCUGGCUCCCAAGAGGAUGAGAAGAACAGCAUCCGAAUCGAUCCCCUUGACGUCGAGCGAGAUGCCUGCUCUCCGUAGCGAGGCUAGCAUCCGUCCAGCCACGCGCCGGGCUGCGGCGACCGGUAAACCGUCUAGGCAGAGACUCAACGACAUUUCAUGGCAAGCCACGGAGCGACAGUAA